AGAAAAAGAAGUAAAAAUGAAAGUGAAUUACUGGAAAAGGUAAUGAAAAAAGUGAAGAAACUUGUCAGGAAGAAAAGAAGAAUUUCCUCCUCGUCGUCGGAUGGAUGUGAGACACCUUCACAAGGUGUGUGUCUAUCUCCUGCGCAAUCGCCAGCAAGCAUGAAUCUCUGUGAUUAUGUCCCUGAUGAAGGCAAUGAAGAUGUUACCACAGCUACCGAAAAUGUGAAUCUGGUUACGGAAGAAGAAAAUAGCCAGCUGGACCCCGAGGUGCUGGAGUUACUUGGCUCUGACCCCACUCAAAUUAAGGAAUUCGGUGACGACUUGCACAAGGAAGUCGCAAAUAGAUGGAAGCACAUUCUGCUAAACGGGCUCACAAAGGAGGAGAAAUCAGAGUUAUCUAAACAUUACUUACCAGCAGAAAACUGUGCAUUUAUCAGGCCACCUAAACUCAACCCAGAGGUGAAGUCGGCGCUACAUGACCUUAAUAUAAAGAAGGAUGCCUACUCUGAGAAGAAACAAGAUGUCAUGGCUAGUUGCCUCUCAGCAAUUGGAACUUUAAAUAUGACACUAACAGAGAGGCAUAGUGAUCCAGAACUUAUAAAAAUUCUAAGUGAUGCCGGCCGCCUAUUAUGUGAUAUCCAUCACAGGGAGUCUGUAUCGAGGCGGUUUGCCAUUAUCAAUGCUGUUAACAAAUCUAAAAGAGACACUAUAAAGAACACUAAAAUAGACCAUAACCUAUUUGGGUCCAACCUGACUGAACACCUGAAGACUUCAAAGGCCAUAUCUGUAUCAGCUUCCGAGUUGAGAUACAAUUCUAGCAACCAUCAACAUCGUGCACAGCUGAACACUACCAUGCCUCGUAGCCAACCAGCUUUAAACGUACGGGGGGCACCUCGGGCACCAGUCGCCGAGCCGCGAGCGUACCCCCGCCAGCCUCGGCGACCACCGCCACCGCCGCCGCCAGCGCCCGCGCAGUGGGAAUACCGCCGUGCGCCGCCGCCGCCGCCGCAGGUGACUCGUCCACGGAACUACAGCCGCCCACCGCAGAACCGACGCCGUUAAAUACUCUAUCACAGGUACACAAACCUAUACCUACUGCAGGCAGGCUCCAGUAUUACAUUAAUGAAUGGAUUAAUAUUACCAAUGACACAACUAUCCUGUCUUGGGUUAAGGGAUACCAAAUACCAUUUGAUAAUGAACCAUAUCAAACAGUUUCAAGUCAAAGUAAAUGUUAUAGUACCGAAGAGACUCUAAUUAUCAAUGACUGUAUUAAUGACCUGUUAGAGUCGGGUUUCAUAUCUCCAUGUAGUACAUGCGAAAAUCAAUUUAUUUCACCAAUUUUCACAGUACCCAAGUCUAAUGGAAAGCAUAGGUUUAUCUUAAAUUUAAAGGAACUUAAUAAAUUCAUUAAUCCCACCCAUUUUAAAAUGGAAGACUAUCGCACAGCUCUAAAGCUUAUUGAUUUUAACUCUUACAUGGCAACCCUAGAUUUAAAGGAUGCAUAUUUUUUACUGCCCAUCUCUCCAAGUGAUAGAGUUUAUCUUCGUUUUACCUGGAAAGGUGAAUUGUUUGAAUUUAAUGUCCUACCCUUUGGUCUCUGUACAGCCCCAUAUGUAUUUACCAAAUUAUUAAGGCCCGUCUUACACUACUUACGUUCAUUAGGAUACCUGUCUGUCAAUUUCUUGGACGAUUUUAUGCUUAUUGGAAACACAUUCAAAGACUGUCUUGACAAUUUAAAAACAACCAGAGAUAUACUUUUAAAACUAGGUUUUUUGAUUAAUGAGGAAAAAAGCCAGACAUACCCCAGGAAAGAAUGUACCUUCCUAGGCUUCAUAUUUAAUUCGGUUAACAUGUGCAUAUCGUUGCCAGAGGAAAAGAAAAGUCGUAUUAAAGCUCAAGCAACAAAAUUU